UUAUCGGGUGACAUGGGCGGAUCUCAAUCACCAUGGUUCAGAUGUGGUUGAACCUGCUCUCUGUCACGUUUGCGGUCUGUAAGCUGUUCCCACACAGGACACCACAUGACUCAGGGCCUUUAGGUCUCCUCAAGUCCAACUGAGGCUUCAUCUAAAUGGUGGUUGUAGGGAUAAAUAUACAGAGCGGACUGGACUAAAUUUCAUGGUUGACUAGAUCUCUUGGAAAACAUUACACUGCAGGUGGAGGGAUGAGCCUCUUCCCUGUGAUUGACACAUAUGUGCCGGAAGCAGCCAAUGGGGUGGAUACACCAGACUCCCCUGGAUCCUGCAGUGAGAAUGGCCCGCACAUCUACUCCCCUACUACCCCCUCGCAGCUCCUGACGUUUGGGGGCAGGGUGCCAAGGCCUGGGCACGGAUCCCUCGAUGGGACCCCUGAAGAGACUGAGAACCGUGUGGAUGGAGAGAGAGCAUGCCAUGUACAAGAAGACCCCAUAGACACUCCUCACAACUACAUGUCCCAUUCGGACAAACAACACAAAGACACGCUCAUAUCACAGCCCUCCCGCCCCACUGCCACAUGCGCGGCAGACACAAACCCACACGCGGCCCCUCAAGACAUGUCCCUCCCUGGACCCCUCCAAACAGAUGAGCCCCUAAAUGAUAUUCUGUCUAGAGACUCACAGCAUACCGCCACCGCAACAAGCAUUCCAUCCAAAGACACAGCCCCACAGAGGGACACUCCCAGUGCAGACACACUUCCGUCAGAGACAGAACACACAGAGCCUUGUAACUGCUGUUCUGUAGAAACAGAGGAGGAGAAGCAGGAGGAGGAGAGCGAGGAGCAGCAUUCAGGAAACACCCAGGCGGAAGUCUCAGCUCAGCUUACAGAGGAGCCCUCAGCAGCAGCUCCCAGCCCAAGCUCUGCCCCAGCCAAGAGGAAUUCCUCAGACAGCAGCCCCUGCCCGCCCCACGUCAUGGCCCAGGUGCAUGUGCGGAACGUCCCCGAGCGGGAGCGCAUCGUCCGGGGCAUGCAGGACAGCAAGAGUCUGGAUGAGAUCAGCCAGGCGUGCGGGGGAGGGGGUGGCGGCCGGGGGGGCCAACCAGAGGGCCGCAGGGCCACCAUCUCCUCUGCCCUGGAGCUGGAGGGAACAGUCAGCCACGACGGGGACCUGACCCACUUCAUCUGCCGCAACCUGGAGCAGAAGAUCAAGAUGAGCUCCAAGCCCAGCCUGGACUGUGACUGUGACUCGGACUGCUCGGGUUCCAUCAGUAGCAGGGGUCGGGGGUCGUCGUUGCGGCAGCCGGCAGACAUCCCUCCCAUCGACCCUGCUGUCCUGGUGGACCUACAGAGACACACUCAGGAUGUUGCCCACAGUGUGGAGCUGAUGAUGCGCAGCCUCAACGGAACCAUCCAGAACAUGACAGCGCUGAGUGUGGGAUACAUCCAAACCUACAGAGACUCAGUGGACAGCCUGGGGGAGUCUGUUGACAUGAGCAUAAAGGGAAUGUACACGCUGAUGGCGCGCUGUGAGGAGCUUGAUCGUUCCAUGCAGCCUAUCCACACACUGGCUGCCCAGAUCCGGGACAUCAAGCGCACCCUGGAUGCCCUGGAAGCUAUUUGCAAGUAGCCCCUCCACCCUGGAGACCCCUCUCCCCCAGAGACCCUCGUCCACUGCAGACACUUUGUUAACCUAAUGACCCCCCUGGAAUCACUGCUACUAAUCAUGCCAGCUUCAUGGGUGAUCUACAUUAACCCCCUCUCCUUACCCCUCCCCAUGGAGACGCCCCUCCCCGCCCCUGAGAUCCUCGCUCGGCUAGGAACCUGACAGAACUUGAAGGAAACUGAACACUUGAUGCUUUUCUUAAUGUAUUCCCGUCCGACCCACUUGGUUCAGAUUGCACUAACUGCUGCUGCCCACACGGUGGCACUCUCUCCCUCAAGUUAUCAUUACUUAUUGUGUAUCUAUUAUUUUAUGUUUUACUUUUCUAUUAUUUCUCAGUUUUCUUUCUCUGUAUUGUCGGGAAGGGCCUGUUGUUUAUGAAGCAUGUGCCGAAUAAGGUCUGAUUUGUAUGGAGCAUGAGCUUUAGGAACGGUUGUGAUAAGAUUUUGAUUUCUUAGGCCGGUUCCAGAAACUGCCUGUGGCAGGUUUUAAUAGUGACAUGAGACAGCUGAAGGUGUGGGGGUACAUAUUAUAUUGUAUAAAGGGCAGUCCCUCCAUGUUAUAUACCUGUUAGUUAUCAGGCUGUCCUGUGUUCCCUGGAUAGAUUGUUGUGCUUUAGGAGACUGUGGUACCUUUUGUCACAUCACAGGUUGGCUGGUAGGUAGGCCUGUCUCAAUUUCUAACAUAUCUAUUUGGCUUAAAUUGUGUUGCCAUGGUGAGAGGUUCUGGACAGCCGUUACGUGUAACAUGCCCUUACAGGACUUGUAUGUUACCAGAUGUCGUCAGACCUGCUGAAGACCCACCUAGAUAAGGCAACACCCGCACACUGGAUAUAAAAGGGGAUGGGCUGUAGGACUAUAGACUUUGGGGGGGAUGCAUGUUUGUCUGGGGAGAGAGGGAUGGUCUCCUCUAACUGCUCUUAAUAAUAUCUCUGUACAAUCAGAAGCACCUUUGUGCAUAUCUUUCUGUAACAAAAAAAUGAUUUUUGUCCUAAGUGUAUAUUUUAAGAAAAAUAACAAAUUUACAUGAGCUGCAAA